CAAAGACUUCCGCUUUCCUUCAAGUUUUAUCUCCCAAUUCGUAUCACACCAAAGGAAUCCAGAUAUUUUACUUAUUUCCUUUCCUUAUUUGCCCAAUAUUUCUCAGCUUUAAAUUCUCACACACCCCUUAUUCUUCUCCCUUGUUCAAUGAAAAAACUCCCUCUUUUCUCUCUUCUUCCAUGAAAACAAUCCCAUCCUUUUAUGAGUGAAGCCGCUACAAAGAUGGAUAUUGCAAAUUUAAGGCCUCUCAAACACACAGUGCACAACAGAAUCAUCAAAAAAACCGUCAAACCUCACCCAAACGAGCCAAGAGCAAGAACAAUCAAGAUUUCCGUGACGGAUCCCGACGCCACCGAUUCCUCCAGCGACGAGGAGGAGCUCUUGUUCCCUCGCCGCCGCGUCAAGAAAUUCGUGAGCGAGAUCACAAUAGAGACAGCCAACGCUGACAACACCACCAGAAAGCGCGCCGCCGCCGCCGCAGAAACCAAACCCAAGCAGCCCGCGGAGGGCGAGUGCCGCAAGUUCCGCGGCGUGCGGCGGCGGCCCUGGGGCAAAUGGGCCGCCGAAAUCAGAGACCCUUGCAAAAAAAUAAGGCUAUGGCUUGGGACCUACGACACCGCAGAGGAGGCCGCCAUGGUCUACGACAACGCCGCCAUCAAACUCCGCGGCCCCGACGCCUUGACCAACUUCGCCGUUCCCACAAUUAAAAACGACGUCGUUCCCAAAAACAAUGUGAUUUCGUGUGAUGACGAUUCUGUCUCCAGCUACGAUUUCCACAAUCGUUCCUCGCCGGCUUCUGUUCUCCGCUUCAGAAGCAGCCCCACCAGCUGCGAAGACAGCUCUUCGCCCAGCGCUUCCAAAUCCACCGAAGAGGAAGUGUGCUGGGAGAUGAAAGCACACCUUGCAACCCCGGAUUAUUGUGCUGACUCCUUGCCUAUGACCACCGACUUCUUGGAUGAUUUCUUCAAUUUCGAUAUGCAAGAUCAGACAUUGUUGUUUGACGAAACAAAUAAUGAUCGUCUUUUAACCGGAGCCGGAGAUGAUUUUCCGGUGGAUGAUGAAUUAGUUGGGAAUUUCAAUUAUUCGUUUGAUUUCGGAGAGUUGAAGUACGAAUUUCCGGGUCUGUUUAAGGAUUCGUUUCAAGAUCAUUGUAUUGGUGAGAUUAAAUGCUCCCGUCAAGACGAGCUUCAAAACAUGUCGGAGUUUCUGGAUUUUAAUGAUCCGUCGUUUCAACAAUAUUCCGGCGAGUUUGAUGUCAUAAGUUUAGUUGGAGUGGAAGAAGAAAAUUUAUUCGAUACUAUGAUUGCAGAUGUAGUACAAGUGUCCUAGUGUUUUUACCUUUCCCUACUUGCCAAUUAACGGCAAUUUUGUUAAGGGCAGAGUUUCAAUAUCUUUUUGUUUAGAUUACAAAAUAAUUGUGUAUUCGGAAGAGAUUUUUAGUUAAGAAAAAAAAGGUUGA